GAAGUUGAAGCUUAUCGAAAUGGAGCAGCAAGAUGAUAAUGGCUCAACGCGGACUGAUGAUAACGUGAGAGAACCCAGGGUUGCCGAGGGUGACGAAGGCUUCGAUCUCGACGAUCUCCUGCCAAUCGUUGGCGAAUUCGGUCGUUAUCAGAAACAACUAUUGUGGCUGGUUUGUCUGCCAGCGUGUCUUCCCUGUGGGUUUUGCGCUUUUAAUCAGCUGUUCAUGGCAGAUACACCACCGCAUUGGUGCAAAGUGCCAGGUCUCGAAGACAUGGACGUUGCUCGCAGAAGGAGGCUCGCUAUUCCCGCGAGUCAGGUGCAGUCGAUAGUGCGAAAAAUAGGGGACGACAACGAGACAUACAGCCAAUGCAUGCGAUACGACGUCGACUGGACGACGAUGACGACGACGACGACGACAGAGAAUUACUCUGUCGUGACGACGUACUCGUCCGUUCCAAACGCAUCGUGGUUCAUCGUACCCUGCGAUCAUGGUUGGGAGUAUGAGACUUCAGAGAUAACAUCGUCCAUCGUUAUCGAUUUUGAUCUCGUGUGCGAUCGAGCAAUUUAUCCGACGAUUGGUUUAGUAGCCCUCAAUACAGGAGGUCCAAUAGGAGUGUAUCUAUUCGGUACAUUAAACGAUAGAAUCGGUCGAAGAAUAUCUUUCUUCACAUGUUUGGCGACGUUAAUAGUAGGCGGCUUCCUGACAUCGAUAUCGAAUAAUUUUUGGACUUGGGCCUUUACGCGUUUUAUCGUCGGCUUGACGAUACCAGCAAUUUAUCAGAUUCCUUUUAUUAUCUCCUUGGAACUGGUCGGCCCUAAUUAUCGCUCAUUUGUGACGGUUAUGACAUGCACUUUCUAUACGAUGGGCCUCUGCAUGCUAGCAGGCGUCACAUAUUUGAUACGAGAUUGGCGAACACUCGCUAUAACUACGAGUGCGCCUUUCCUGAUUUAUUUCUUUUACUGGUGGUUUUUACCGGAAUCACCGCGAUGGUUAUUAGCGAAAGGUCGUUUAAGCGAGGCCAAUGAUAUUCUUGAGACCUUAGCUCGAGUGAAUGGUAAGGAGCUUCCGGUAGCGUUCACACAGAAGCUUCGCCAACGUAUGACAAUGUCGAGGUCGACAAGUGAGGAAGAGAGAUUGCGUAACGGACCUGGUGUUCUCUCGCUUUUCAAAACACCAAACAUGCGCCUCAAGACAUGUCUUAUCACUCUAAAUUGGUUCGCCAACAAUAUGGUAUACGUUGGCCUCUCUUAUUACGGGCCAGCUUUGGGGAAUGAGGAACAUUUGAGUUUCCUGUUUUCUUCUCUCGCCGAGAUACCCAGUUACCUGGCUUGUUGGAUUGUAAUGGAUCGAUGGGGUCGUCGAUGGCCGCUUUGCCUGUGCAUGGUUAUGGCCGGGGCAUCGUGUAUUGCCACGGUGUUGCUGUCACCCGAUGCUGUCAUGGAAACCUUGAUAUUAUUUCUUAUAUCGAAGUCUGCGAUAUCGGCAUCGUUUCUAAUUAUUUAUCCCUUUGCCGGGGAACUUUAUCCCACACAAUUGCGCGGGGUGGCUAUUGGCUUCUCUGCGUACAUUAGCGGUCUCGGACUCAUCAUUAUACCCUUCGUAACGUAUCUCGGGAGAGAGAAUCUCGUCUUGCCUCUAGUUAUUUUGGGCGCCAUCGCAGUAAUAGGUGGUUUAUCCGGACUGCGAUUACCGGAAACGUUACAUCACCGUCUGCCACAGACGGUUGAGGAAGGAGAAUUGUUCGGCAAGGAUUGGACGUGUGCUGAUUUCAUUCGUUGUGUUCCAACAAAAUACGCACCAUCAUCAAUCGCGGCUUCUUAUGAGGAUUUGUCAGCACGAGAAACAGUAGAGAUGCAUGAAGUACCGAUUGCCUCAUCCAUUAUGGAGGAGCAACAACGAUUAAACGCGGCAAGUGUUCGCCGAUUAGUUCGUCAAUCUAGCGUAAUGGAUACCCAACGUGAUUCUGACGGAAGCAUGAAGAUGACUUAUUGGUUUUAACUUUCAUUGUUUUUAUCGUUUUACGUUCUAGUCAAUAUAAAGUCGAAAGAGUUUUUUUCUAUCUCUUCCAUAUUAUUUUAUUAAAUAUUUUUAAUGUUAAGAAAAAUUAUUCUUUCUCGAUUGAUCUCUAUAUAUUGGGUUGUGACAAAAGUUCGUAGCGUUAUUUUAAUGAAAUUCUAAAGCAAAAUUAUUAUAUAUGUAUAUGUAUAAAUAUUUAUUCAAUUACAUAUGCGCAGUCUUGUUCUACUAACAUUUGUCAUUUUGGUAGCUUCAUGCUUUCAUCUUUCCUUGAGAACUUGUCAUCUUUUUUUAUAAAAAUAAAUUAAACAAUGCUAUAGACUUUUGUUACAACCCAAUAUAUUAUCUAAUAUAUGCGUGUGUGUGACUCUGUGUGUGUCUAUAAAAGAAGUAAUUCCAUUAAAUAAAUAAUAUUUUAAUAAAAAACUUGUGAGUUUAUAUUGCUUAUAUUACUUACAUCUACUUAAUCAACGAAUCUUUUUCUUCAUAUCUCU